ACCUGUCUCUCCAGUCCUGCGUCCCUAGGUCCCAACUCUGCUGGGUAACAGAACGGUUGAGGCCCAAAGCAGAGCUCAGGUGACCUAACUGGGCGGAGCAGCGAGGGCAGGGGCAGGGGCGCUUCCUGAGAGGAGGGAUCGAACCCCGCGAUGAAGGCAAGGGGCCCGACCUCUGGCCACGGCCCUCAGGGCCGCUGGACUCCGCACCUGCGCCGCGCCCCGCCCCGGCCCCGCCCCCGCCCCCGCCCCCAGCGUGUUUGCGGGGCGCGGGCGAGGCGGGCCGAACCGAAGGAGACGCGAGGGGAGGGGCGGCAGCCGCUCGGUGCCGGCUCCGCAGGCCGGGCUGCUCGGGUGUCUGGCCCUUUAAGGGCCACCCCCGAGGAGGUGCCAGGCCCUAGUGGCUCGGUCUCUCCUUCCUGGUCCUGCGGGGCAGCCACUGUCCGUGGGGCUGUGGGAGGACCCCGUGCCCGGUGCCGGCCCAGGUGUCCCCGGCCUGGCCCCAUGGCCCUGGUCACAGUGAGCCGCUCGCCGCCGGUCAGCGGCCACUCCACGCCUGUGGGGCCCACGCAGGACCAGGCGGCCAAGAGGAGAAGCCGGCUCCAGCGAAGGCAGAGCUUUGCAGUGCUCCGCGGGGCUGUCCUGGGACUGCAGGAUGGCGGGGAUGGUGAAGAUGCAGCUGAGGCCAGCCCGGAGCCAGCGGAGGAGCCCCCGGGCGAAGAGCAGCCCUGCAGGGAUGAGACAGACGACGGGCCUGGGCCCCAGAGUCCCCGGAAGCAGGAGCAGAGUCAGCACCUGCACCUCAUGGUGGAGCUGCUGAGGCCGCAGGACGACAUCCGCCUGGCAGCCCAGCUGGAGGCAGCACGGCCCCCCCGGCUCCGCUACCUGCUGGUGGUUUCCACAAGAGAACCCCUGAGCCAGGAUGAGACAGUCCUCCUGGGAGUGGACUUCCCUGACAGCAGCUCCCCCAGCUGCACCCUGGGCCUGGUCUUGCCUCUCUGGAGUGACACCCAGGUGUACCUAGAUGGAGAUGGGGGCUUCAGUGUGACAUCUGGCGGGCAGAGCCGAAUCUUCAAGCCCAUCUCCAUCCAGACCAUGUGGGCCACACUCCAGGUAUUGCACCAGGCGUGUGAGGUGGCUCUGGGCAGCGGUCUUGUGCCAGGGGGCAGUGCCCUCACCUGGGCCGGCCACUACCAGGACAGACUGAGCUCUGAUCAGAGCUGCCUCAACGAGUGGAUGGCCAUGGCUGACCUGGAAUCUCUGCGGCCUCCCAGCGCUGAGCCUGGCCGGCCCUCAGAACAGGAGCAGAUGGAGCAGGCGAUCCGGGCUGAGCUGUGGGAGGUGCUGGACACCAGUGACCUGGAGAGCAUCACUUCCAAAGAGAUCCGCCAGGCCCUGGAGCAGCGCCUGGGCUGCCCUCUCCAACAGUACCGCGACUUCAUUGACAACCAGAUGCUGCUGCUCAUGGCCCAGCAAGACCGGGCCUCCCGCAUCUUCCCUCACCUCUACCUGGGCUCAGAGUGGAAUGCAGCCAACCUGGAGGAGCUGCAGAGAAACAGGGUCAGCCACAUCCUGAACAUGGCCCGGGAGAUUGACAACUUCUACCCUGAGCGCUUCACCUACCACAACGUGCGCCUCUGGGACGAGGAGUCCGCCCAGCUGCUGCCCCACUGGAAGGAGACACACCGCUUCGUGGAGGCUGCAAGGGCGCAGGGCACCCGGGUGCUAGUCCACUGCAAGAUGGGCGUCAGCCGCUCAGCUGCCACCGUGAUCGCCUAUGCCAUGAAGCAGUACGGCUGGAACCUGGAGCAGGCCCUGCGCCACGUGCAGGAGCUCCGGCCCAUCGUCCGCCCCAACCCCGGCUUCCUGCGCCAGCUGCAGACCUAUCAGGGCAUCCUGACUGCCAGCCGGCAGAGCCAUGUCUGGGAGCAGAAAGCGGGUGGGGCCUCCCCAGAGGAGCCCCUGGCCCCCGAGGUCUCUACACCAUUCCCACCUCUUCCGCCAGAACCGGGGGGUAGUGGGGAGGUGAAGGUUAUAGAACCAGAGGAGAGCCAGGCAGCCCCAACAGAAGAGCCUGGGCCGCGACCCCGCAUCAACCUCCGCGGAGUCAUGAGGUCCAUCAGCCUCCUGGAGCCUCCCUCGGAGCUGGAAAGCACCUCAGGGGCUGAAGACCCACCAGAGGUUUUCUCUUCAAACGAGUCUUCAGAUGAAGACCCUCCACAGCCCUUCCCUCAGCUAUCAAAGGCCAAGGGAGGUGGGCGGGUCCGCAAGGGGCCUUGGCCAUCCCUGAAGUCCCGCCAGUCUGUGGUUGCCCUCAACAGCGCCGCCCUGGUGGCCAGCCGGAGCCAGGUCUUCCAGGAGCAGGGGGAGGCUGGCCGCUCCUCCACACCCAGGCUCCGGAAGGUGGUGAGGCAGGCCAGCGUGGAUGGCAGUGGGGAGGAGGGCGAGGCCUAGCCCUCCGCAUGCCCAGGCCCCUAGACACGAAUAGAGGUGCCUGAACAGCUCCCGGGACCAGCACCCCUCACUCCUGUCAGCCUGCAGCCCUCCUCUUAGCUCCUCCCCAGGAGGCCCCAGACCCCCGUCACUACAGCCCCACCUGCACAGCCUUAAGUCUCGGACCCAUGUCCACCUGUCCAAGGGCUCAAGACUGUCUCGAUACGGGGAUGAGGUAGAGAGACUAAAGGUGCCUUUGUGGGCAACAGCACCAGCUGCAUUCUCAACUGCUGCUGAACCUGGAACCUCGCCGCCACGGAAUAAAACACCAAGUUCCCCAGCGCCGAAAGCCUCCGGCUCCUCCCUCACCCCCACCUGUGUGCCUCAUCCCUGCCCCCUCAUUCCUGGGGCCCACUAGGCCAGAGGACCAGUGGCCCCAAAUGCUGAGAGUAACUCAGUCCGCAGUCCCCAGCCCUAGGGGGCUCUGAGGAGCCGAGGCCGGGCCCCCCUCCAACAGCCCACAACCGGCCCGAGUCUUUUGCUGCUGCCCGUCACCCUCCCCACCCCCCACGGCACUACACUGGCUCACAGAGCACAGACCAAAGAGUCUUCUCUUCGACCUCACGGCCUCUGACCAGUUUUUCAUAGUCUUCAUAGUAUCUGGCUUUGUACUUAGAAAUAAAGAACAUUUUCAUAUUAUU